AUGCAGCAGAUUACAACAUCGUUGUACAGAUAUCCUCAAAUCAUCAUGAGAAAGAACACAUGGGACCUUAUUUUUCAGUUGUGGUUAUACGUGUGGCUUCCAGUGUGUCGGACAGACUGUCCAUACAUGGAAUGCUACUGUAACGGAAGAAUUGUGACCUGCGCAGACAGAAAUCUACCAUCUCUGCCACAAUUGCUUAGCACGAACGCGAGCAUCCACUGGUCUCUGGACAUUGCA